AAAAGCGAGCCGAUGGAGGAGGCGGAGCCGCACAACGGCGACUCGGACGGCAGCGGCGAUGGCGCAGCGUCAGCCGCCGACGACAGCGUCAACAGCUCCUUCCUCGGCAACUCGCUGGCUAUGUCGUCGUCCAUCGCUUCUCCCUUCAGCACGCUGCCCAACAUGGCGCUGUCGGCCGACUGGGCGACGCGGCUGAAGGAGAUGGACGCCGGCGCGCCGAUCGGUGACCUCCUGGCCGACCGGCUGAACCAGGGCGGCGGCGCCGUCAACGUCGAGGUGUGCGUGGUGUGCGGCGACCGUGCCUCCGGCCGCCACUACGGCGCCAUCAGCUGCGAGGGCUGCAAGGGCUUCUUCAAGCGCUCCAUCCGCAAGCAGCUGGGCUACCAGUGCCGCGGCUCCAAGGACUGCGAGGUGACAAAGUACCACCGCAACCGCUGCCAGUACUGCCGGCUGCAGAAGUGUCUCAAGAUGGGCAUGCGCAGCGACUGCAAGGACCUGCGCAGCCUCAGCUACCAGCGGCUGUACGAGAGCAUUCCGCAGCCGGGAUACCAGUACAACUCGUCGCCCAGCCUGACGCCCCGGGACACGGAGAACGGAAGUCGCCCGUCUCCCGACAUGUCCAACCCACGCUUCACCCUACAAGACAGAAUCAAUUCCAUUAUGGAAUCCAGCGUCGUACAACGAGGCUAUGGCAAGAAUGUCAAAAGUAAGGCGCAUCCUAUCGGAGGCUCCGGCACCGUAUCGCCGGUGGUGGAGAACGGCAAGGAGUCAGCGGCGGCGGCGGCGGCAGCGCCGGCCGCCGAGGACCGCGACAAGGAGGCCGUCAGUCGCGUGGUGGACCGGCUGACGCGCAUCAUGGAGGUCGAGGAGGGCGGCGCCGCCGCUGACGUCAUCGCGCUGGACGGCGCCAUCUUGGAGGGCGCCACGCUGCAGUUCGCCGUAGCGCCGCCGCAGUUCAGCAGCGCCAUCGAUUCGUCCUACAUCACCGAGAUCGGCUCGCGCGUGCUCAUCACCAUCAUCAACUGGGCCAAGAGCAUCGCCGCCUUCCAGGUGCUGGCGUCCGACGUGCAGGAGAGCCUGGCGCGCGCGCGCUGGGCCGAGCUGUUCAUGCUGGCGCUGGUGCAGUGUCGCGACAGCCUGGACCUGCCGCGUCUGCUGUCGGCUGUCACGCAGCACCUCUCGUCGUCCGUGCACGAGCGCAAGACGCCCGUCUCGCGGCUGCGGCUGGUGACGCAACACCUCUACAUGAUCCAGGAGUUCGUGGCCAGCAUCCGGCGGCUGGCACCGGACGCCGCCGAGUUGGCGCACCUGCGCGCCAUCGUGCUCUUCCACCCGGACGGCCAGGAGCCGGGCGCGCGCCGCCAGCUCGAGUCGUUCCAGCAGAAGGCGCUGGAGGGGCUGCGCGCGCACGCGGCGGCGACGCGGCCGGGCGAGCCCGGCCGGCUGGUGCAGCUGCUGCUGCGGCUGCCGGCGCUGCGCGGCAUGAGCGCCGUCGCCAUUGACCACCUGUUCUUCCCGGAGAUCCCGCUCACUGGGCCCGUCAGCUGCAACCAGGCGCGCAUCGAGGAGCUGCUGCCGCACAUCAUCCGCGGCGACGCCGACGACAUCGUCGGCACCGAGCAGUCCAGUCCGAGUGGCGACUCGCCCAGCUCAGAAAACGUGUCGGAGUACGGCUCGCAGCUGUGAGCGGCGCCGCACUCCAGCUCACCCGCCGCGUGUGCGGAGCACGGCCUGGUGCCGGGGCGGCGUCCCCGGCCCGCCGCCGGCCAGGGACCAGCGGGCCCCGCCGGCCGGCCGCCGCCCGCCCGCCCGCGCCCGCCACGCCGGCUUAUUUUUGUACCUUCCAUAAGGCGCGGCGCGGCCGGCGGCGGUGCGGCGCCGGGCCGGCCCUGACCUUGUACAAAAUGGCCGCCGCGAAGUGAUACCCGGCCGGCCCGACCGGCUUUUCACCGGGCGGCCGUUUUUAAACGUGAUCCACAUUAUCCAUAUCUCGAUUUGGGCAUACGUACGGAGCUCCAUGUCUGUUUGGUGAGGCGCACUCGCGUUUUAUUCCCUCAUCCGUAUACAUUUAUUUUAGACUACCACUCAACGCAUGCUUAGUUUGUACAGAGCAGUAGCUGUGGAUGGUAUCUUUUAUUGUAUGUUUUUGUUUUUAUGCAGAUUUUUAGUCGUGCUCGUCGAAAUUCUCGUUUCCGAUUGCCGAUGUUUCAAAAGUCGGCGUGAAGUGUUUUUAAUGUGUCGAUUCAGUCCGAUGAAUAUUUCUAGUCCCACGCAUGUGUACAGUGAGCGAACCGAUUGUAAAUACAUUCUGAGAUGAGUGGA